CAACGUCCGGAUACGCCGCCACGGCCUUUAUAUCCGCUUUUCCAGAUGCUACUGGAAGAAGCAUCCAAAACAAAAACAAAUCUGCCGUGCUCCACCUUCUGCUCCCCCUCCGGCUACGGCGGCGCUGAUCUCCGGUCGGGAGAUAGGUUCUUCCCCCCUCGCGAAUCGAAGAGAUAAAUAAAAGUUAUGGAUUAGUCUUUACCUUCGUUUAGUUCCGUUUUCUUUCGAUCUGAUCCGGAAUUUAAGUGCCUGCUGAUUUUGAAGGUUCCACCGGAAUUGGGAUGAGUUGCUUGCAGUAUCUACUCAUGACAAAGAUCUCUAGCUUUUCUGCGGGGGCGCGAAUCCGGGGGGCGGCGCCAUGGCCGAGCACCUCGCGUCGAUCUUCGGCACGGAGAAGGACCGCGUGAACUGCCCGUUCUACUUCAAGAUCGGCGCGUGCCGGCACGGCGACCGCUGCUCCCGCCUGCACAACAAGCCGUCCGUCUCGCCCACGCUGCUGCUCUGCAACAUGUACCAGCGCCCCGACAUGAUCACCCCGGGCGUGGACGCGCAGGGCAACCCCAUCGACCCCGUCAAGAUCCAGGGCGACUUCGAGGACUUCUACGAGGACAUCUUCGACGAGCUCAGCAAGCACGGCGAGGUCGAGAACCUGCACGUCUGCGACAACCUCGCCGACCACCUCAUCGGCAACGUCUACGUGCAGUUCAGGGAGGAGGACCAGGCCACCAAGGCGCUCCAGGCGCUGCAGGGGAGGUUCUACUCGGGCCGCCCCAUCAUUGCUGAGUUCUCGCCCGUCACCGACUUCCGGGAGGCCACCUGCCGGCAGUUCGAGGAGCACAACUGCAACCGUGGAGGGUACUGCAACUUCAUGCAUGUCAAGGAGAUUGGCAGGGACCUCAGGAAGAGGCUGUAUGGGCACCUGCAUAGGUCCAGGAGGAGCCACAGCAGGAGCAGCCGGAGCCCGAGCCCCUACCGUCACCACGCCAGGGACCGUGAUCGCUCCUCGCGGUCUAGGGACCGUGGCGACUACUAUGGAGGCAGCCUGGACCGUGGUGACUACGGCGACUACUACCACCAUAGCCGGAGGAGCAGCGAGAGGAACCGCAACUAUGACAGCGAUGGGAGCAGGCUGCGCCGGCGACACAGGUCUAGGACUAGGAGCCCGGUCAGGGAGGGCAGCGAGGAGAGGAGGGCGAAGAUCGAGCAGUGGAACCGUGAGAGGGAGACGGCGCAGGCGUGAGAUCUCCGGUCUUACUGCAGGUUGCAGUGUUGCCUUGUUCACCGGAUGUUCUGCUUGCUUGUCUGAUCUUGUAAUGGUAGAUGGAGUUAGAUUGUGGUCCUAGUGAACUUACUCGGAUGCCUGAUGUAACAUCUUUAGUGUGGUUCUUGUUGAACUUCCUCUUUAGAUUUGUUGAUGGUAUAGUGUGUUCAAUCUUCGCCCUCGGAUGCCUGAUUGUAUUUGGUGUUGAACUUGUUAUUGUUAUGAUUAUAUAGUGUGUUCCCUGAAUGUUCCUUUGCUCA